AAUAUUUUUUUUUUUUCAUAUAUCCUUUGUCUACGAAAUUAAUUUAACAUAUUUGAUCAUAUUUUUUAUAUUAUAUCCUGCGUAGGGCUUAUUCCAUGUACGUUUAUUGGGGAAAUAUGAAAUCAAUAAAAUCGAUUUAAUCUUUACAGCUCCGCGGGGGAAUCCCCUCUCUAUUUUUUCCAUUAUCUUCAUAAUUUUAUAGAAAUAUUAGAAGUUAUUUCCGAUUAAAAAUUAUCAGUUCCGAUAAGGUUUUCUUCUCUCUAUCUGUAAGAAUUGCAAUGAUGAAGAUUAGAUAGCCGUCAUUAUUUGCGAGAGGUGGAUCACAGCAAUUUUCCUGAGGGAGAAUGAUCGCUUUCAAAAUUUGGUUUUUCACGGUGGGAGUGAUCGGUGUUAUCCACAGUGAUACAGAAAUAAGAUGUACACCUCAAUUUUGUGCGGAUUAUAAGGAGCGAACCGGUUGUCCAGAAUUGAAAGAGGAAUGCCUGAUCAUGAAUGCAACUCAUUAUGGCACUUAUCUCCCAUAUCCUGACCUUUGCAAUUGCUGCGAAUAUUGUUUGGCGCACAUUCUGGAGGGUGGAUCCUGCACCACUGGCUCUCCGGGGACUUUACCACCUACAGAAAUGUGUGGUCCAGGUUUAUCCUGUGUUAGGAAUCCUAAUGGGCUGUCUACGUGUCAGAAAAUGACGGAAACGGAAUGCACUAAGAGUCAGAAAAAAUGGGAUGAGGACAAGGCCGCAGGCAGCGUAGGAUAUCUUGAAGUGCGCCCCAAAUGCGAUAACGAUGGAUUAUUCGCGUCUUCUCAUUGCAUUCCAGGAUCUAUAUGCUAUUGCGUCUCUCCAGAGGGAGAAAGGAUAUUCGGGGAGUCGGCGUUUUUGAAUUCCUGGGAUGAAACAAAAAUGACUUGUGGAUGCUCCAUAAAUCACUGGAAAGCCCAAAAAACUAUAGACAUGUCACGUUGGGAGAAAGAAAAAAUUCCGGUAUUCACAGCUCGAUGCACAGAACAUGGACUAUUCGACCAAUUGCAGUGCAUGUUGGGGAAUCAAGCGGAUUGCGCAUGCGUCAAUCCUAUUGCGGGUAAUCCGAAUACUGAAGUGGAGACUGUAAAGGUGAAAGAUAUCAAGGAAGGAUAUCCUUCUUGUUUUGACCCAAAAAUACACAUGCCUGGAUCGUUCCUGACAGAUUGCGAAUUCAUGAGAGGAAUAGCUUCAGGAUCACAGCUAGAAAAAAAACCUCUCUUCAACAAUCCGAUUUGCCAACCCGAUGGGAUGUUCCAUCGGGUGCAGAUCAUGGGUUCAAAAAAAAUUUGUGUCGACCCGUCAGGGAUUCAAAUCGAUAAUUAUGCAGCAGAUGUGGAUAGCCUAGAAGCUAGCGUGAUGCAUUGCAAUUGUGCUAGGACUGUCUGGCUGCUUUCUCAAAAUCGAGUCUCAGAAUUACCAAAAUGCUGUAGCUACGGUAAUUUCGAGCGCUGGCAACAUCGAAGAAGUCAAUACUAUUGUGUCGAUGAAAAUGGUGAUCAGGUUGGGUUAGAAGAGGAUACACUAGAAAAAUUGAGUUGUUACAAGAAUAGCAACGGACAGCCCUGUCCAUUUCUUUAUUGACACUCAUACAAUAAUUCAUAUAAUAAUUCACUCAAAUAAUAAUUCAUUAAAUAAUUGUUAACAACUAUGACAAUAAAUAUUCUCGUAGCUUUUAUGUACAAUAAUAAAUGUCGUCUUUAUAUGUA